CUUUUGAAUACAAUCACGGGCAUUCAUUUUAUUUUCAUUUGAUUUCAAUUUGAGAGUUAAUAAUUUUUCAUGUUGGAGUCACCAAAAUCUAGUUACAAUGUAGUUUUCCAACGAAGGUUAUGGGAUAAUUGAAAUCGUCCCCAAAAGGUACAAAUACAUAUUUUGGAGCGUGCACGAGGUUUGGCGAAGGCUAAAUGGUUGCCUAACCGGGGGCAUUCAUGAUUUAGAGUUUGGAUCAAGAACUCCAUGAGAAUUUGGUGUAGCCCAGUUUUUCCCCCUAUCAACAACUGCAAGGAGAAGCUUCGAGUUGCGAACAGGGUAUCCGAAAAGCACAGGAUCAUAUUCUUUGCGUAUUCUAUGGUCUUGUAAACUGAAGAAUAAAGGUGGUUACUUGAGCCUGGAGUCCAACUUUUCAGAUUCUGACGUAUGUGACUCCUCGACUUCUUUUGCACUCUCCAAUAGAUCAAUGAAGGAUUCCUCAAAAAUAAAUCAAUGAAGGGAAAAUGUGCCUGAGAAAAAGCAAAAUAAUUACAGAACAAUUUCCAAAAGCAACAACAUUUGCUGCUUGGCUUAAUCUUCUGAGCCUUUUUUCUUGAAGAAGGAAAGCCCCUCUUUAAGGAUCACUAUAAAACAAAGAGAUAACAGCCACCGUGAUAAUACAUCUAAGCAUGGCCAGUGAGCAGAAGAUAACUGUGAAUUUUUUGGUGGACAAGGUGAAGCAGAGGGUGGUGCUUGCGGAAGCGGACAGCGACUUUGUUGACAUACUCUUCAGUUUUCUCACGCUGCCUCUGGGAACUAUCAUCAGACUUCUCAACAAACAAUCUCAUAUUGGUUGCAUGGACAAGUUGUAUGAAAGUGUUGAGAAUCUUGAUGUGAAAAUUUUCCAGACUGAGUCAUGCAAGACGAUGCUGCUGUUCCCUCGAAGUGCUGCAGAAGAAAGGUGUGAAGAUCUAAAAGUAAAUAUUUGUAGAGCAGUAUUGAGUCCGAGGACUACCUAUAUGUGUCAAAAACCUGAUUGUUGUGCAAAGACCACAUGCUUUGCUAGCUCUGUUCCGAAAGCUCGAUGUCCUUACUGUCAAGAGACUAUGGAUAUGAUUAGAGCAUGGCACAAAAGCGAUGUGGAUGCUGACAAAUUAUUUGUCAAGAGUGGAUAUAAGUUUAUAAUCAGCGAUGACUUGCAUAUAACUCCGGCAUCUGUGGAGCAUUGCCUGUCUUUAAUUCAGAAGCUUGGCAUAGAAAAUGCAUGCAUUCUCGAGCACAAGGCUAUGGAUCUUGGCACAGGCGAGAUACUGACAUUGCUUGGAAGAUUGCUUGUCUCCUAUUUUCCACUGACCGACUUGUUCUUCAAAAAUGUGGGAGUGGCUAAUAAUGUGUCGUCCGGAGUUGACGUUAGAAGCAUGAUACAUGUUAAAGGAGAAGGCGACGCGGAGGCUGAAUCAAAUGAAAUAGACAUCAACUUGUUUGUAACCAAAGCGAAUCAGGAAGUAUCAUUUGUGGAAGCUGGAGGAGAAUUUGUGAACCUUGUCUUGAGUUUUCUAAUGCUGCCUCUUGGCUCGUUGAUCAGCCUCAAAAAUGAGCAGUCGGUCAUGGGAAGUGUUGAUAACUUGUAUUGGAGUGCUGAAAAUUUUGGUGUAGAGAAUUUCAAAUCUGAGGAGUGCAAAAAUAUUCUUGUCUCUCCUAAGCUCGGUCCUUUUUGUGGCUACAAUGAUAGCAUGCUAAAGUUAGAUGAAAGCUCCCCUCAUGAAUUCUCUAUGCGUGGUUGUUUCAGUUGCUACAUGAAAAACAAUAAUACAGAAUGCGCAGCUUCAAAAUGUGCCCAUGGCGUGGAGCGUGCAACUCUUAGAGAGUUGAACCCAAAAUCUCCAGUGGGAGGAACAGAAACACGCGGUGGAUAUGCCAAGGGAAAAUUCUUAGUGACUGCGGAUCUUCGUGUAUCACCGUUAUCUACUGCCUCCACCACCCAAAUCAUCAAAAAUCUGGCGAUCUCCGUCUGCAACCUAGUGCCGAAGAGGGUUGUACUGGGACUAGGAGAAAUCCAGGCUCUGAAUCUUCUAAGAUCUGCUGUGACAUCUAAAACCCCGAUUGAUGAGGCGCUCGGUACUCGUCAGAAACAUUAGUGGAGUGCGCAUUCGUUUGCGUAGGACGAAAUCAAGUCACUUGGUUCGUAUAUUGCCGCCUUUCUGUCACGAUAUAUCCUAGUUUAAUUUGUGAUCCAGCAACUUAAUGUAAUGUAAGUGUUAUGAAAAUCUAUACUCAUUGUUAUGUACGUUGUGAUGUCAAUGGUCAUUUUAUCAAA